AUGGAUCGUCCAUCGGGGAAGCUGUCAACCCCUAGCUUUCCCGCUGUCUCAGUGGGGAAAUGCCAUAUUCAGACAGCGACGGAAAGGUUUGGCAAUGAUGCUAAGAGCGCGAUCCGGGAUCGAGAACGGGCUUCGGUGGGAAUGCCCUUGGAGGGCCUCGAAGAGCCCUUUACGUGGCCGAACGCCGAUACCGACGAUGCACCUCGUGCCAAUAAAUCGAUCUAUGGGCUAGUCCCAAGCAUGCAAAGCUACCGAAAUAACCUGGCUGCUCUAUCGCAAGGUCACAACCUCUACUUUGUCGCAUACCAAGGUCACAUUUUCGUCUAUGUUCCUCGAAGCGUUCCCAAACAAAGGAUUCCUCAAGAUCCAGACUUUCGGAUAUACCCCCCGCCGAGUAAAGAAGCUCACGGUAUAGGAGGAACCGUCGAUAUCAUUACACCACACACCAUCAACUAUAUCAUUACUGGCUACCUCGGAGAAGAAGAAAUCGUUUUGGCUUGUUAUGACGAUGGAGAUGUUGUUGCGUACUAUGUGAAAGACAUAGCAGACUUGAUUGAGAACAAACGCAACCAGCCCAAAGCGCAGAGAAGUUCGAGGAAGGCUUACAUCAGUCGCACAUCACCAAGGCUGCUCUUUCAUGAGAACGUUGGCCAAUCAGCUUGGGGAUUGGCUAUUCACCGCAAGUCCCGUCUCAUAGCUGUAAGCUCAAACCGCGCCGAGGUGACGGUUUUUGCUUUUGCUCUAGCCAGCUGCCGGACUAAGUCACGGAAAACCCAAGGAUUCUGCGACUGCUGCCUGAGCUGCGACAACACCGAGUCGGGAAUUCCCAGGAGAGCGCGAAACUGGAGAAUAGUGAUAGCUCUUCGGGAAGAUGCAUCUAACAUUCCUAAUGUCUGCUUUUUGGACGACGUAGACGGCCAGGCCGAAAAAGUCUGCGCCGUGGACAUUAAAGGCGCAUUGUGGAUAGCGGAUAUCUGGAGAAUGUACCAACCCGUAACCAAGGUUAACCCCUCAGAGCAUGAUGCACUCCGAAGCGAGGAGUUUUGGCCUGCUCCUUCGAGGGGGUGGGGCGUGUUACCUCUUGCUGAUGGCAGUUUUUUGCCAGUCAACAGCGUAGAGGAGAUGUUUGGACUACCGGAAAAGGCGUUAAGAAUCUUCAAUGCCGCAUCAGAAUACCAACAACCUAUGACCGAUAUCACAGAAUGUCUCGCGGCAAUACCGGACAACCCAUGCCCCCCUGCGACCGGGGCUAGGUCUGGUCAGUUCUAUCAUUAUGUUCCAGUCAUGUUGCAUGAUGAAUUUUUACAUUUGGUAGCAGGUAAUGCGAAUCAUCUAGCUGCUUUCACGGAUGACGAGACCGACGAAAGUGAAACCGAACCUGACGCAUUAGAGAUUCAAAACAACAACAUGAAUGAACUUGACGAGGAUGAGAGUGAGGAUAUUGAUGAGGAGGCUGACGACUUCGAUGAAGAGGAGGAUGAGGAUCAGGAAGAAGGAGGGGCCGUCAUCGAAGAUGCCAUUUUUGCUUCGCAAAUAAUCGACCCAGACAUGAGCGGGCCCUUUCAUGGAGGCGCACCUCUGGAAGAGGAAGAAGGAGAAGCCGUCAUUGAAGAUUCUCUUGUUGCUUCGGAGGCUCCGCAGAUGGUCGAACUAGAUGAGGACCUGUCGAUUGGGGUUACAACUCCAGGAGAAAACUUUCAACAAGCACUACAAGACAUAGAUGAAGCAAUAGGACAGCUUUCUUAUGCUGUGCAGGAAUAUCAAGACGUUGUCUCAUCUCCGGUCUCUCCUGGGCCGAUACCGCAAGACCAAGAUAAGACAAAACCAAAGCAUGGAAGGGGCAAGAGUUUUGAUUCUGCAUAUUCGGGACAACACAGAUACAGCCAGCUCAACACGCCACCUUUUCGACUUGAUAUGGCAUUUUUCCCACACAGCGGAAAUAUUCAGCCUAUCCCCAGAUCUCCAGCUCAGCUUCUUGCCUUUUUAAACAGGCCUAUGGAGUACAACAAAAAUCCAGAAACGCCGGUGGUAUAUCGGAGAAAGGACCCGAUCAGACGAUAUCACUUCAUCCGAACGUAUGAAAAAGAUCUGGAGCUAAGAAGCCUGCGAGGGAACGAGGCAGGUUGGCAAGAAAUUGGUGUCAUGUGUCCGAACGCAGUCACGUUUGGCAAUUUUCACCAGCGAAGUCUCCGACCCUAUUUUCGCGCAACUAGUCGCUUGAGUUUCAUCGUACACAUCCCGGAGCUCUCUCUGGUGGUGGUAGGAUCGCCUAUUGGGCGAGUUCUGCUCGUCACACCAACCAAGCUUGGAUCGCCGGUUACGUCGAAAACACCGUGGAGGUGUUGGCAUCGUGGGCUUCGAGUGGAACACGUUUUGCCGCGACAAUCGGAUGAGGAAAAGUUCCGACCGGUAUUGAGACCGCUGCACGGGCUGGCUGUGGGACCAGUGCAGAGCAACGAGAAUAGAGGUGGUAGCAUGGCGAAUGGCACCACAACGCCACAGCGAUUUAGACUGAUGCUGCAUUAUCGAAAUCACGAUAUCUUGACGUAUGAACUGAUAAGGGAGGGCCGAACGGGACGACUUUGCAUUAUUUGA